AUAAACAAAACAAAAUCAACCAGUGGCAAUCAGCUGGUCGUAGUGGGCGUAUCGCGGCAUUCGCGGCAGCCUGUGAUUCACGUGCGAAGUAACUGUCUGCCUUCGAAAUGUAGUGAGUAUGGCUCUGUUGCUCGAAAACAUAUCCAACUGCGUGUGGCUGGCGUUUGAAGCCCUGCAGCAGGACAAAUCCGGGUUUGUGCACAAGUCGAAACUUAAGGUACUGACUGCCAACAUCGGAACUCUGCUUGACCUAUACGGUGUGGAGAGAGGACUGGAGCAUUUCCGAAGCACCCCUACCUUAAACUUCGACCAAUUCAAGUAUUACCUCCAGAAAGAAGUCUUCUCGUCCCUACCCAACAAGCUGCAACUCCCAGAACUUCGUUCGUUCGAAAACCGAAUCGCAGAAGUGUGCUGGCUGGUAUGCCGGAAGAAAUACCUCCAGAGGGACCAGAAAAUCUUCACCGACGAGUCCAUAUUCCAGAUAUUUAGAAUAUUCUGCGUCCUAGCCGAACUGAUCCCCGACGAAAACAAUGAAAAUACUUACCAGGUGCUGCUGCACCCCACCGAAGUGUGCAGCCUCGCCCAAACCCUUGCCUCCUCCUUGGGAUGUUUCUUUGACGAAGAGGACUUCACCAGCUUAAGCAUCUCGAUGGGCAAUUUCCGUCUCACGCCGUUCAUAGCAGUGCUGGAAUCUCGUUGUCUCGACGGCGUCAGAGACCAAGUCGCCAUAAGCGAGGCAGUGACAGACAUCUACCAAAAAAUCGUGGAGGACGUGAUAAAAAAAGGAUUCCUCUGUAAGAAGGGGUACAUUUUUCCCACGAUGAGGGAGUACUGGUUCGUUCUUCGACCUUCCGAAUUGACUUUCUUCAAAGGAAGAUCCGAAAAGGACCGGUGCGGUUCUCUGCCGAUAGAACCCGGUUGUAAAAUUGAACCGAAGACUGGAUACAGGAUCCUAUUACAUACCCCGGAGAGAUCUUUUGAGUUGGGUACCACGGAUCAUAUGAGCAGACUUCAGUGGAUAUCUGCUCUUCAGCUCGCCGCAGACCAUUCAGGUGGUUUCCAGAGUUACCAGAGGCUCCAAGCGGCCAAGAGGCGCCUACAGAGACAGGGUCGGGUUCAAGAGAUGAUUCGAGCCAAAGUCCUGCUGCAGAAAGAGAAAAAUGCGAGGCAGGCCGCCGAAGGGCAAGCGAAGGAACUGGAAGCGGUGGUGAAGGAAGAAGCGAAAAAACUAACAGAGCUCGAACAGAUCAGGAGCAAACUGGAGAAGCUGUUGGAGGAGGAGACUCAGGCUAAACGAGACGAAGAAAUCGUCAGAGGAUUGCAAGCUCGGGUUCUGGCCGAGGAGUGGGAGAAGAGAGAGGAGCUAGAGAGGUUGCAAGAGGAGCAAAAGUUGUUACUAGAGGAAGAGAGGGUGAAGCGGAAGGAGUACGAGGAUCUCCAGAAGCGGAAAGAAUUCCAGCUAAGAAAUGCCGAAGACAGACUCGCCCAGCUAGAAAAAGAACGUCAGGAUCUGGACAAGCAGUUGCGAUCGGCCCACGAAAAGAUAAAGUUCUCGGAGGACAGGAAGGAGUUGCUCGAGGCGAAACUGUACCAGGUGGCGCCCAUGCUGAGGGAGGGCGAUAGAGUGAGACGGGCGCACUCUUUCAUGCCUAGCACGAAAGAGAGGCCCGUGCUGUUAGAAGUGAGAGCAGCCACUUUGAAAAGGUCGAGUAAGAACGUGUAACCUCCAAGUAACUCAAAGAAUCGUUGAUACGGAUGGUUGUUUUUGAUUUAUUUAAUUUCCUUGCCUAAUAAGUUUAAAUUUACUAAUGGAACUUUUUUAUAUGUCGUUUUUGUAAAAUUAAAGUUUGAAAACUGAG